UAUGAAAAACUCUAAACUUCUUGUUGAUCAAAAAGAUAACAAAAUGGUAAAGUCUGUUAAUCUAAGUCUCUAUACUAUACCAGACUCUAAAAAACACUAAAAUUUACAGAAAUCUAAAGAUGAGUAUUAUAUGUAGAUUUCUCCUCAUUUUGAAACUCAUACUCUUACAUUUACUAAUAAAAUUAAAAAGGUGAAGUGUAUAUAGCAUGAGGACAUGGACACAGAAGAAUCAGUUAAAACAAGUGAAUCACCAAAAACUGACAGAUCCUAAAAGACAUCAUAAAAAACUCAUUUAGAGUAACCAAAAAGUCUCUUUUAUAAUGAAAUCAAAUGUUCAAGAAGACUCAAGACUGAAUAAUGA